CUCCCGAAAGUAACUCUGGAAAUCCCGCAUCACGCCAUUGGAGACACCGGACCAGACUAGAGACCUCGAAAUCGAAUCGCCUCACUCACGCCGUUUCCAUUCGAAUCCUCCUCACCUCCGUUGCUUAGCUUCUGAGUUUCAGCUUUCCGGUUUACAGCGUCCUCUCCUCCCUCACCUGCUGGCUGCGCCUCCGGUUCGUGACUCCGACAACGUCUCCGAGACCUGUCCAUUGCAAGGGUGUUCGUCGUUCACCUUACUCCUCCAUUCUCCCUGCUUCGUCUUCUUCCUUCCUACCUUGUUUUCUGCCUCUAAAGAUGGAUGAAUAUCAAGAGAUGGAGAGAUUUGGUAUGGAUAAUGAUUUUGAAGGCGGUGAAUGGAUUGGUGGUGAGUUCUACUAUCGAAAGCGCAAAGAAAAACGCACUCAAACUAGAGAAGAUGUUCUUUAUGGGGUGUUUGCAGACUCUGAUGAUGACGAUGAUGAUUAUUCAAGCAGAAAACGGAGAAAAGAUCGUGACUUAUCUAAGAAGCCUGACCUCAGCAAGCCUGUGAAUUUUGUCUCUACUGGAACUUUUAUGCCUAAUCAAGAUGAUAACCAUUCUAAAGAACAGAUUGAAGAAGAAAGUUAUGCUAGUGAGGAUAGGCCAGGUUUAGGUCUUGGCAUGGGGACUACUAGCACUUCUGGUUCUGGGUUAGGUUUUAAUACCAGUCAUCGUGAAAAUGCUUCUGAUGGUGAUAAUGAUGAUGAUGGUUUUUUGCCUACAGCGUUUGGAAAGAAGAUUCAUGAGGGAGCAAUGAGAAGGGAGAAGGAAAAGGAGAGAGCAAAAUUGGAGAAGAAGAGAGCUCAAGGGAAAACUCAAGCUGAAGAUGGAUUUUCAGAUGUUGGGAAGUUUGAGAAGUAUACAAAGGGGAUUGGAAUGAAGUUGUUGGAGAAAAUGGGCUAUAAAGGAGGUGGUCUUGGGAAGAAUGAACAGGGUAUUGUAGCUCCUGUUGAGGCCCAUAUGAGGGCCAAGAAUACAGGCAUUGGAUUUAAUGACUCGAAGGCCACAACUCCUUUGCCAAGUGUGCAAGUUGAGAAGACAGCAUUGCCAGGAGUUGCUCAACCUACGACUGUCAGAGCAAAGGAAAGAUUAUGGUCAAAGAAAUCAAGGUCAAAGAAGAAGAAAGAUGAGGAAGAUUAUAUUACUGCUGAGGAAUUGUUAGCAACCAAUCAAGAACAGGGUCUGGAGGUUGUUCAGAAGGUUUUUGAUAUGAGAGGGCCACAGGUUCGAGUAAUUACAAAUUUGUCUGAUUUGAAUGCUGAGGAGAAGGCUAAGGAAAAUGAUGUUCCAAUGCCAGAGCUUCAACAUAACGUGGGGUUAAUUGUUAGGUUGGCUGAGGCAGAUAUCCAAGAGAUUGAUAGAAAUUUGAGGGGAGAGAGGGAGACGGCACUUAGCUUGAAAAAAGAAAAAGAGAAGUUAGAAAUUGAGGCAGCACACCAAAAAAAGCAGUUGGAAGAUUUGGAGCAAAUAACAAGUGUGCUGGACCGAGUCGGAGAAGAGAACUCAAUGGGGACAUUGACAUUGGAUUUGCUUGCCCAGUGCUUUACUGACUUGCGGAAAAGAUACACUCAUAGCUACAAGUUGUGUAACUUGUCAUGUAUUGCUUGCUCAUAUGCUUUGCCUUUGUUUAUUAGAGUAUUCCAAGGAUGGGAUCCUCUUCGAAAUCCAUCACAUGGGUUAGAAUUGGUAUCACGGUGGAAAACAUUGCUUCAAGAAGAAGAGUGCCUUGAUAUCUGGGAUGUAACAUCACCUUAUACUCAAUUGAUUUCUGAAGUUGUAUUACCAGCUGUUAGGAUUUCAGGUAUCAAUACCUGGCAGGCACGCGAUCCUGAGCCAAUGUUACGGUUUCUGGAGUCAUGGGAAAAGUUGCUUCCUUCUUCAGUUCUCACAGCCAUGUUGGACAAUAUAGUCAUGCCAAAAUUAUCAAGUGCUGUAGAUACAUGGGAACCACAUCGUGAGACAAUUCCUAUCCAUACUUGGGUGCACCCAUGGUUACCUUUGUUAGGGCACAAGUUAGAGGGAAUGUACCAGAUGAUACGCUUCAAAUUGAGUACUGUUCUUGGUGCUUGGCAUCCAAGCGAUGGCUCUGCGUAUGCUAUAUUGUCACCUUGGAAGACCGUAUUUGAUUCAGUGAGUUGGGAACAGCUCAUGCUUCGAUUUAUUGUGCCAAAGUUGCAGCUUGUCUUGCAAGAGUUCCAAGUGAAUCCAGCUGAUCAGAAACUUGAUCAGUUUUAUUGGGUGAUGAAUUGGGCUUCUGCUGUCCCAAUUCAUCUGAUGGUUGAUAUAAUGGAAAAGUUCUUCUUCACCAAGUGGCUUCAGGUUUUGUAUCAUUGGUUGUGCUCAAACCCUAACUUUGAAGAAGUAACAAAAUGGUAUUUGGGUUGGAAAGAGCUUAUUCCAAAGGAACUUCUGGCUAACGAAAGUAUUAGGUAUCAGCUAAACCGUGGUCUUGAUAUGAUGAACCAGGCUGUUGAAGGUAUGGAGGUGGUCCAGCCUGGCUUGAAAGAAAAUAUCAGCUAUCUGAGGGUACUUGAGCAAAGGCAGUUUGAGGCUCAGCAGAAAGCAGCAGCUAAUGCUCAAACCCAAGCUCCUUCAGGCUUGGGGGGUGCUGCCCAUAUGGAGAGUGCAGCAGGUGUGCAUGAGAUGAGCUUAAAGGAAGUCAUUGAGGCCCAUGCCCAGCAACAUGGUUUGCUAUUCAAGCUGAAACCUGGCAGAAUGCAUAAUGGUCAUCAAAUAUAUGGGUUUGGUAAUGUCAGCAUCAUAAUAGAUUCCCUAAAUCAAAAGGUAUAUGCCCAAACUGAGGAUGCAUGGUCUUUGGAAUCUCUCCAAGGCUUACUGGAGCUGCAUAAUAAGUCCAUUGGUCGGAGACGAGGAUUGUAAGGCGUCUAAUGUUAUUGGAGACCCACGGAUAUCAAGAGUUACGUUUUUCUUCUAUGCUUUGUAUAAAUGAAGAGUCAGCUUAGUAUAAAUGAAGGGUCAAGAACCUUGAUUGUCAAUGGAUAAUCUUGAGGUUACAAAUUCAUGCCAUACUGCCGAUCAUUGACUUUGAAGAGUAAACUUUGAAGCACGAUUUGUAUAUUUUGUUGAAGGACUGUUCAUCCACAAUGGCUUCUUCGUAAUGCUGGAAGGAGAAGCCUAAAGUGCAGUUCCUGUGUAAAGUAUGAGCUUGGUGUACCCUCCUGCAUACUUGACAUUUUUACUUGUAUAUCAUGAAUAAAAAAUGGUAUAGCAUAAUUAAGACCAGAGCAGUGUGACAUUUAUUACAGCCUGUAACAUCUGGGGUAGUCUCAAUUAGGAAAUCCGUUUGAGGUAUGCUUGUCCAGCUCUGUCCCUUUUGCCCUUAAGUGGGCUUAGUCCUUGACUAACGGUAUUUGUAGGUUCUUUUUCUCGUUUUCGUGUAUUACUGGUCUGGUUGUUGAUUACAAGUGUUUAUCGCAUUGCUUCUCAAUCGAACCCGAGUUGAUUUUAAGGACUUGCUUCAUUCGUCUGGCAUGUUGCUUCUAGUUUUUACUAAUCUUUUUGCCCCCUUAAUGAAAAAGGGCAGAGCAUCUGAUCUUAU